AUAAGAGUGACCAGUACCUCGUGUUCUUGAUAAGACAUCUCCUUCUUCAUCCACCACCACCACCACCUCCUUACUUCCCUUUUGGUUCAUCGGACCGACGGCACAAUCCUCCUUGUAUUGGCGGGGACUCAUUUCGAGUGAAUAUCGCUGUAUGAUUUCUGCCGAGGUACUGUAAUCGACACACACCCUGAGAGUCACUUGUUGGCGUUGCAAACACUUAAACCGUACACUGGUCUUCCUCCGCCUUGUCACUGCAUAGACAUUAGUUUGUGCCUUCUCUAUAUAAAGGGCGAGACAUCGCCUUGGACCAGUCUUCUUUCUUCCUUCUCACACCAUCCACAAUGGGCGACGCCUUUCAGCACGACCUCCUGGAACACGACGACGACUACACAUCUAGCAUGACCUAUACUGUCGAGGAGCAGCCACUCGGCACGCCUAAACAUCUACGCAUCGUCUGCAUCGGCGCCGGCAUCUCUGGUAUCAACCUGCUGCGCACCCUAUGGCUCAACCUCCAAAGCUACGAGGCUGUGGUCUACGAAAAGAACGACGACGUGGGCGGCACCUGGUUCGAAAACUCUUAUCCAGGCUGCAAAUGCGACAUUCCCAGCCACUGUUACCAAUACUCGUGGCGGCAAAAGAAGGAUUGGACUUGUUUCUUCGCGCCUAGCGAGGAGAUCAAGGACUACUUGUGCCAGGCAUGUAAGGACGAAGGCCUGGUGGACUCGAUCAAGCUGUCACACCAGGUCGUCGCGGCUCGCUGGGAUGAACCGUCGGGGCUGUGGAAUCUCAGGAUUAGGAAUCUGAAGACGGGUGAUCAGUUCGACGAUACAGCGAACUUUUUGAUAAAUGCCUGUGGCAUAUUAAAUAACUGGAAGUGGCCAGAGGUCGAGGGUCUGCAUGACUACCAAGGAUCAUUGAUACAUACAGCUGCCUGGCCCAAAGAUUUUGACUAUCAGGGCAAGACAGUGGCUGUCAUUGGUAACGGCGCUUCGGGUGUUCAAGUGCUGCCUGCAAUACAACCAGGCACGAAGAAACUCUAUCAUAUCGUACGCACACCGACAUGGAUCCCCCCGCCAUGGCGUCAGGCACAGAUUGCAGCUGGUCGGGGACAGAUGCUGAAGGAGAUCGCCGUGGACGAGAAGGAGAACUUUACGCCAGAGCAGCUCCAGAGAUUCCAGGAUGAUGAGGAGCUCUACCGCAAAUUUGUGAAGUCCAUUGAGAAGGAUACUGGAAGCAAUUUCGCCAUGUUUGUCAAAGACAGCCCCAUACAGGCUUUUGCCACCGCAAAGACGAGAGAGUACAUGACGUACAUGCUUGGCGGCGACGAGAGACUGUGCAAGAUGCUCAUCCCAACCUUCCCGAUCGGUACUCGACGUGUGACUCCCGCGCCAGGAUACCUGGAGGCCCUGAGGAAAGAGAAUGUCGAGGUGGUCAGCGGCAACAUCAAGAGAUUCGUGGCCGACGGCAUCGAGAUGGACUCUGGCGACGUGCUCAAAGUCGACGCAAUCGUCUGCGCCACGGGCUUCGACCUGUCAUUCUGCCCUCGGUUCCCUGUCGUCGGGCGCGAGGGUAAUCUCCAGGACAUAUGGAGGAACACCACCCCCAAGGCAUACAUGUCGGUUGCCGUUCAGGGGAUGCCGAAUUACUUUACAUUCCUCGGCCCCAACGGCCCCAUAGCCCACGGCUCCGUCUUCACGCUCAGCGAACACAUUGCCAAGUAUAUCACGCGCAUUCUGAAAAAGGUCCAGACAGAACACAUCCGUUCGCUCGCGCCCUUACCGCAAGCCGUCGAUGACUACAACGAGCACAUUGCCCACUUCAUGCCUCGGAUGGCCUGGGCCGCGCCGGGCAGGUCGUGGUUUAAGAUGGGCAAGGAGCAAGGCCCCGUCGUCGCGCUGCACCCCGGCAGCCGUGUGCACUUCUUCCACAUGCUGGAGACGCUGAGGGCGGAGGACUUCGAGUACGUGUUGGAUGCGGAAAGACAGAACCGGUUUGGGUACCUGGGUAACGGUUUUUCGGUGAGGGAGCUGGAGGAGAGCUGGGACCCAAGCUGGUAUCUGGAAGAACCGGCCACGGUCUGA